GACUAUUCAGUUCGAGAACGUGAUAAGGAACCCGAUAUAGGUAAAAGUCAUGUAUGGGACCGCGAGUUUUCACAUAGCCAGGCACGCUGUAUUGCAUCCAGAGGGAAAUGGAGUAAACCAUCCCCACCCCAUCGCCACUCCCGACACAGAUGCUCGCAAAUUAAGACGCGUAGAGCUCGUGCAACAGCCUCGAGCUCCGGGGCCGAGCGGCUCGUGUUGCGGUUCCAAUCUCUCGAACUCGAAGCACCUCCGGAGCAAUGUCUUGACCCGGGCAGAGAUCUCAAGAGACGUCAUUCUGUCCUCGUGCAGCCCGAUACUCUCGAUCAACUAAACUCCACAAUUCGCUUUCAGCAAUUAUACCCCAAAGUCGAAGAAGCCAAAAUCACCUGCGUCAAUUUUCAGCCGGUCCGGUGGCAGACGCUCGCCUAGGAGGAUCUGCAAACAGAAGCAAGAGGCUUUCCCAAAAAGAGGAUAAUUUAAUGAAUGCAGGACGAGCCCCUCUUUCCAGUGUGCGGGAACAGGCCGAGUCCGAAAUCGAAAAAGAGCACAUCAAAGCGAAUAGGAACUAGCCCAUUAUCCGGUAGAUUUGAGAAAAGCGCACCGGACUUUGAGUCUACUGUGAUCGAUUGCGUCCCUUCCCCGAGCGACAGACUGCAUGCACAGAGUGGACACGAGCUGUCCGACGAGCUCCACCGUGCCGGCGUUGUGGACAUCGGUGAUGCGCUGCUGUGAACCACAAAAGGGGGCCAGCCACCCUCCAGCUUGGUGGGCACAAUUGACUGACGGCAUAUUAGUCCUCACAUUCAAAUCCUGAAGGCCGAAAGCGUCCGAUCGAGAAGAAUGCCGACUCUAAAACCUUCGCUUCUCUUCUGCGCCUCUCUAUCUCUCUCUGGGGACCACCGGUGGCUAUCCCGGGGAUGAAGCGGUCAGGCUGAGCCUGCGACUACCACCUCCGUAAAGGUCGGGCUCGCAUCCUCCAUUCCGGAUUCCUCAUCGCCCGCGGGUGGGUCCUCGGCCCUCAGCUGGAUUGCUCUCACACUCUCUCAUUCAUGCCUAGGAGAUCCUCCAUUCCUAGGGUUUAGGUCAACCGUAAGUUUCAGCGCCUAAUAUUAGCAGCGAGAUUGACACUUCUGUCCCCGGAGCUGAAUCUGCCGGAGACUCGAUGCACUGUGGAAGUCAGCGUAGAUCGUUCUGAUUAUAAUCGGGCCAUCGUGAGUUGCUCCGCAGAUGAUGAACUGCAGAUGCAAUUCAGCGGAUUUGGUCGUGUGCACACGCCCUCGAUAGAAUAGGAUGAUAACUCGCACCCCGACUGCGCAAAUCUUUCGAUCGCAUAUAGCUAGGAGAGCGAACGGAGUCCGCAAAAGUGGGGAAGAUAGGAGUUUUGUUCGUGCGAGACGGUGAGUUGAGCUUCGGUGGUGACGUAGAGCUUCGAGAGUUUUUCUGACAGUGCUGCUGGCGAUCACGUUCGGGUUGAGGGAGGUUUCUUCAUCCGAUUGGCGCCAGGAGAACGUACAGGAUGGUUCCAUUUUCGGACUUUGCGGCUCAACUGCGAUCGGAGCUGCCCCUGAAUUACGCAAGCCUGGAUCUGUCGUCGAGCCAGCGCGUAGGACUGGUGAUAAUCGAUGAGGUCAACGGGUUCUGCACCGUCGGAGCAGGAAACCUGGCACCGCGAGUUCCCAGCAAGUCGAUCUCUGAUAUGGUAGUGGAAACCAACAUAAUUGCAAAGAAAUUUAGUGAGCGGGGGUGGCCAAUUUUGGCGUUUCUUGAUACACACGAGCCCGACAAGCCGGAGGUUCCGUAUCCUCCUCAUUGUAUUGUGGGGACGGGUGAGGAGAAUCUCGUCUCAGAUUUGGCAUGGCUGGAGCAGGACGAGCAUACGCUCGUGAAGCGUAAGGAUUGUAUCGACGCCUUCAUCGGAGCGUUCGAGAAGGAUGGGACGAACGUGGUGGUGGAAUGGAUCAAGAAGCAUCAGAUUGAAAUGAUCCUGGUGGUGGGAAUCUGUACGGACAUUUGCGUGAUGGAUUUCGUCAAGACAGUGCUCUCGGCCAGGAACCACGACAUGCUCAACCCGCUGAAGCACGUGGCCGUGUACAGCGAGGGGUGUGCGACGUACGACCUACCGGUGCAAGUAGCAAGGGAUACCGGUGGCAUCGCUCAUCCUCAGGAAAUAUUCCACCAUCUGGGAUUGUAUCUCGUCGCUGCGAGAGGUGCAAUUGUCGUCAACACUCUACAUUUCAUGGAUGAGCCCGUUGGCGGCGGCGUUUGAGUGCACGUGCACGUGGUGAUGUUACUCGAUGACUCCUGACCACUUUGUCUCGGAAACCGCGCUUCAAGCGGGCAAGGGGAGGGGGAAGAGCUGAACCGUCGAAGUUGCCAAAAGGUUCUCUGUGUACAAAGCAUGUGUUGUUGUAUGCGCUUGUGUAUGAUCUCUGUACUUAGCUCUGCAUGAAUAUCCGGGGGUGGAAAGAUUUCCAGACAUGAUUUAAACACUUGGAUCUUCUACCCUCAAAAGCGCCGUGCACCCUCCAACUCUCUGUACAAUUUCGCUGCUCUCAUCACAGUACAUACGGACACGAAUGAAGAAGCAGAGUAUCCUGCCAAGAUUCGUUUCACUGAGUCUCCGCCGAAAUUUGGAAUGUCGAUGCGGAAGGAGCUGCGUCUGCGUCUCUUGUCCUUAUCACCUCUGUCUCGGACAGGCAUCUGGGUCUCUCAUUCUGUGAGGAUAUCCCGAAAGUGAACGCGAGUUGCGGAGGAGUUAAGGAUAUGAGCUACGUCUGGAACGUGCUACGUCGUAGGAUCUGUUGCAGAGCUCACAUUGGAAACAACAAACUGCACUCAUUAGUAGACCGUAGACACCAUGGACUCUCCCUGGGGGCAAAUGAGUGGUGCUAUUUAGCAGUAAUCACUGCUACUCGCUAGCACAAAACUGACUUGGGAGCUCAGGUAUACAUCGAUUUUCGAUGCUCGACCUGGCUUCUCAGUACUGCAUGUGAUAUCGUAUCUCUUCGAUGCUGCAUUUCGAGAACGAUUCCCUGAGUAAUGCUCAGAAUUAUGCGAGCAAAAGACCCAGUAUGAAGGUCGCUGCCGCAGUAUUGUCGGCAAGGAAGACGUGUGUUCUUUCAAGGCUUCGAACACUUGGAUUCAAAUCGUAGCAAGUGAGGAUGGCGGAUUUGCAAGUUUGGUCUUUUCAGCCUACACAUACAUAGGCAUUAGUCUCCUACGAGGAAGGGAAGUAUUUAUGAUGGACGAGCUGUCAAACUAUUUCGGCAUGACCAAUACGCUACGACGACAGAAUACAAGCGCCGUAGAGAAGUCUUUACAUAAAGAGCAGGAGGAGGAAGAUGGAGAUGUCUGGAGGGAUGAUCGCAAGGAAUAUUGGAAGCAGUAACUAUGCAAAGCUCAACAUGGUGACAAUUUUCACCAAGCUUUCAUAUUCUUUUGUUUUUUACAAUGUUGGAAAGCGUUUAUUCUCAUACCUGCUGCCGGGAGUCGGGCACCAAAAUUUUGAAAGCCAUUCUUGGUGAACAAUCUACUGGCUCCGCAUGGGGUUGCCAAGCCUUGAGAGGCCUAAUCCCUGACAUGUGGUAGCGUUUUCAUUUUCGAGAGUCUGCAGAUUCCCGAAGAAAACUGACUCGCAGUCAUGCACAUCGGGAAGGAUGUUACUGCGGAUCCCGAAGCAGUCUAUUCAGAAAAGAGUCGGCUGAUCGGGUCGGGUCCAGCGAAUCUUCAGGAGCUAGAUCGUGUGCGGAUUGAUGAACUGUCCCAAAUUACGCCGUGGCGCAUGUACGCAGUCAGUGCACAGAAGGUAGAGACAAGAGAAAAAGUAUCACAUGAGUCGCUAGGCAACUAAUACCAUUAUCAAUUGAUCAUGUACUCGAAAAGCUUUGCCUCUGUCUCAUAGAUACUGAUGCCGUUGGCGAACUUCAAACCUUGGCCAGAAUAAGCUAGAUCCGUACCGCAGAGCACUUCGACUGCUCUGCAACCGUGAUCUGCGUAAAAUGGGGUAUCAGGUGCGUGCGUCCACUGCAUCGCUGCUGCCAGACGUAAGAAGUAUUCCAAAGAUUGAGCAUUGCAGUUCAUUCAGUGUUCCAGAAGGUUCUUCCGGCAGCACUUUCGAGGUGCCAUGCGAGCUGAGAUUUCCAUCGUCCCUCGCUCUUCUCUUCACGUGGGCGUUCAAAGCACAAAAUUCGUUCAACCGCAUCUAAAGAUUGCACAAAGAGAGGGCCCGAAUUUCCAGAGCACGUGGUCACUGAAAUUCGUGAGAACGAAGCAGCAGGCGAAUCCAAACACCGAAGAAUUUCUGGAAAAUCGAAGCGCAUGUGGUCGAGUCGAGUUGCUGCGUACUCUGGAGUUCUCGACGCGACGCGUGAACUCCGGCGACCACGUCGACAAGGGGUCGCCGUCGAGUAAGCUUCACGGACCACAUCGUCCACGCAGUCGGUACCCUUUCUCGUUUCCAACUGUACAAGCCCGCAAGUUGCGUCCACUUGUCCAGUGAUGUGGUCCCUGCCCACUGGACCAACAGUAAGCUGCCGGAUCGUCAACCGACCCAAUUACAGCACGAAACCCCCCGCCACGUGGCCCUCUCUGCACUGGCCCACCCAAAGGUCACGAGAAAGCUCAACAGGCACGCCAGCUAGCCAGCCAGCCAGGCAUCCCGCCCGCCCGCCCACCCCC